AUGGACUCCGGACAAGUUUCGGAUGGGCCCUCUACACAGCCGAAUGAUGAAUUGCCGGGCAACCAGGCAAAUGGCCUUGCUGCCUCUGGUACCAAAGGCUCCAAUCAAAGUGUCUACUUGAGUCUUUGGGAUGAGAGAAAAGCAGCCGGUGAUAAGAGUAAGCUAAAUCUUGUAUCAACAUCCGCUGACCCUUAUUGCUAA